CUUCCCCUCAUAUGCCUCUCUCACUUUGCUCUUGUUAGUUUCCUGAAAGCUAGCUGUCCAUCGAUGCAGUGUGGUUCUGUUUCUCUGUAAAACUCUGUCAGUUUCACACAGUUUCAGUUGCGAGUAAAGUCCGGAUUCACCCUUGUCACCUUCCUCUUUUGAUGACCAUUGGCUAAGCUGCUGCUAUGGAUAACAUAAACAUCUGCUAUGUCUUGGAUGCCUUUCUGUUUAUCUACGGACUUGUCCUAACUGUCCUUUACUGCAGAUUGAAGCUACAGCAGGAUCGUUGGAAAAAUCAGGGUUCUGGGAAGAAGGAAGCAGCAGAGGGAGUCUAUGAAGGACUUUCACAUCAAACUCAAGAUACCUAUGAGUCCAUCCAAAUGAAGGGCGCCAAGGCAUAAGACAGACAUACAGUAGCGAAGAGAAAGUAUCAGAAUGCUUUAUUUCUCUUUUGUAGCAGUAUUUAUUUGUCUUAUUUCUGAUGUUAAAACAUUUCUUUGAAUAGAUAUGCACUGUAAUGCUAGAACCAGACUUAAAAUUAAUUUUACUAAAACUCUUAAUAAAAACUGUAAAUAAUUUCUUCAUAUAUUUUGCGAAUUAUAAAUGUAUAAGCAAACUAAACUUUAUUAAAUUUGACAAGGAACUUAAUAUUAGAAAAAUAGCAUCACGGAAAGUCAUAUUAAAAACAAAAACUUAUUCAUGCUGAAUAAUUGUAAAUGUAUGUAAUUAAAGUCUCACCUCUCUCCUUUUUAUCUUACAUUAUUACACAUGCUUUUUAAAAAUGUGCUGAUUUUACACAAUUGCAAAAUUGCUAAUGCGUUUGGAUACGCGUGCUGUUUCUUUCAAAGGUUGACGCACGUCUCCGGUCGCUAUAGCAACAACUGUCUUCCUGUUUCUUUUUUUUUUUUGGUUGUCUGACAGAAAUGAAGUAACAUCACUGGAUGUAUAAAUACAUAGUGGUUUCUGUAUUCGUGAGAUGGUGUUAAUGCUAAUGCAGUUUUGACUAUUAAGCACAAGAGAGCAGGAUUUAGGCCUUUUUUUAUUGUCUCCACCACUGAGUUUCGCAUCACUGUGUAUUUAUUCAUUUUAAGUCAUUUGUGAUUGUUACUAAACCAUGCGUACUUCUCUAACUGCUGUUAUUUAUGAUUUUGUAUUUUAUGUAUAAUUCUCUGGUUAACCUGUCUAUUUUGGUUUCUUUCAGUAAAACUAAUUACAUAUG